UAGGGGGGUGGGGGGGAGAGAGAGAGUGCGUUUGAGGAACGCCGAACGAGCGAUGGUCACAGCCCGGAGUCAAGCGGUGCCAAAAGAAAAAUAAAAAAAAAAUCAGGAGGAAUAGAGAGGCAGUUUCUGGAUGGAGGCGCUGAGGCUUUGCGAGGCUUGCAAUUGUCUUCAGUAAAUGAGAGUCCCUGGACUGGGCUGAUCUCUCCCAACUGAUCCAAAUUGCCUUUGCAAAAACUUGCCGCCCCAGUCCGGCAGCCGGCGAUGGACAGUGUCCCUCCCCAGGGAGCGGUGAAGACAAAGGAAGGGGGCGGCUAACCGCGGAAAGGAGGCGAAAAGUUGGGGAACUUGGGCAAGGGGCGGGAAGAUGCCGGGUCUUCGGGCGUAACACCCGCCGACGGGCGAUGCAGGGCUCCGCGAGGGACGGCGCGAUGGAGAAUUACCGGAAAAUCCGGCGGACCGAGGAGGCCAGCCCCCUGCCCUUCGCGAACCUGCCCCUGGACAUCGUGGAGAUGCGGGUGAAGGAGGGCAGCAAGAUCAGGAACCUGAUGGGCUUCGCCAUGGGCCGGAUGCAGCUGGGGGAGACCCGGCAGAUCGUCUUCAGCGGCUCGGGCCGGGCGGUCACCAAGACCAUCACCUGCGUGGAGAUCAUGAAGAGGAGGAUUCGGGGUCUCCACCAGAUCACCAGGCUGCGCUACAAGAGCCUGCAGGAGACCUGGGAGCACAGGGAACCCCGGGAGGGAGCCCCCAACCUCACCCUCCUCAAGAACGUCCCCUCCAUCUGCAUCCUGCUCUCCAAGGAGCCCCUGGACCCCGGUGAAGCCGGCUACCAGCCCCCGGACAGCGGGGGCGGCCUGUGGCUGGAGGCACCCCUGGGGGGGGAGGAGGACCCCAGCCCAUCCCCGAGGGGGGUCAAGCGGUCCCUGUGCUGCGAGGGCCCUGAAAUGGUUAAAAAGGUCACAAGAGAAGAUAAGCAAGUUGAGCCUCCUCCCUUACCCAACUACAGUUACCUACUGAACUAUCAGCAGUAACGUAUUGUAAGCACAAUAUAUCUCAUAUAUAUAUAUAUAUAAAUCUAUACAUUUA